CCCGCCCCCGAUUCAGGGUCUGCCUAAAUAAGGAGGGUCCUGAAGCGUAAAUCGCCAAGUGCCGCACAACUUCGGUUCUCAGGUUUCUGGCCGCCUUGACCUUUCUCUUUUCAUAGAAAACUGUCAUGGUUUCCUGUAUUGACUUAUCCCAGGCUGCUGGUACAGGCGGCCAAGUUCGCUCCUCAAGGUCACACAGUUAUUUAGUCAUGGAAGAACCAGAGUUUGGUUGCUUGCUUUUCUGGUUCCUCUAAGCAAGUUUGUCGACAUAAAACGAAGCUCCCCAAAGGUAAUGUGAGAUGUAGGUAGGCUACAGCAUGAAGGAAGAUAGCGACUGUAAGUUUUAGGUCUCUGUGUGAUUAUAGCCUUAGCUUUCAGGUUAGUAGAGGCUAAUGGUAUAAGUUAAUGUCUUCCAAAGGCUUUACGUGGUGUUACAAAGGCUGUUAGAUACAGAGGUGAGAGAUAACUAUUAAGGUGAUUAAAGAGAGCCAAGAAAACUUAUCACCCCUACCAGCUUUCCCACCUCAGCCUCAGAGUGCUAGCACGAUGCUGAGGUGCCAUAAGAUGAGCCUGAGCAGGCAGGAAGGUAGUGUUUAGGAGAGAGUAACAAUUUUUUGUUCUUGUUUUGUUUUGUUUAAAAAAAGAAAAAACAAAACUAAGGAACAAGAUCCUGUAUCAUGUUAUUAGCCCCCAUAAUCCAGGUAGCUUGGAGCUACAUGAGACCUUGUCUCCAAAAUAAAUAUGACCUAAAGUAAAGGUAGCAGGUGAGAAAAAAACUGCAAAUAAAGGUGUAGGAGGGUUGGUUUUGGCUUGUUUAUGUGUAUGUGUUUGGGUGUGUGCAUGAGUACACUGGCUCAUGGAGGUCAGAAGCAUCAGGUCCCCUGGAGCUGCAAUUACAGGCACUUGUGAGCCGCUGUAUGUGGGUGUUGAGAACUGAUCAAAGUUUGUUCCUUUGCAAGAACAGCAAGCUCUCGUAAAAUCACUGAGCCGCCUUAUCGGCCCAUGCUACAGGUUUUAGAUACUAUCUGGUGACAUACUUUAGCUUCUGAGUGAGUAGAAGGGAGUAGUCUCCUAAACUGACACCUUCUCAAGAAUCUUAGGUCAGAUGCAGAGGUGGUUGAUAAAUGGCUAUUACAAGAUAACACAAGAUGAUUUGGGCUCUUCAACUGCAUCACUCCAAGUCUUCAUAAUCAUGUUUCUACCCUAGGUAUGGACCUCUUUGCUCAUGUAAUGGGAUGAAGUAAGGAAGAGAUGUGGAAAGCCAAGCAAGCUUGCACCCUGCACUUAUGUCUGUAUAGGAAGAGAUGGAAUAUUUUAUUUGCCUUUUAUAUGUACAUACAUAUGUGUUGUGUGUUUGGGUUACUUUCCUUGGGCGUGUUUCCUGGGAAGCACUGGAGAGGAUGAGCUCCCAGAAGCUGAGAGGUGCUAGGCUCCCAGAGAACUCAGGUGAGUCAGAGCAUUGCUCUUGUACAUUUGAAACCAGCCACUGGAUUUUUGUUUCCUGAAUGACCAGCAUGUGGGAGAUAGAGGCAGGCACUUCUCUGUGAGUUCAAGUCCAGCCAAGGCAACAUGAGACCCUGGCUCAAAAAUAAAAUGAAGGGACAGGAGAGUUGGCUUAGCAGUUGAGUACAUAACUGCUCUUACAUAAGGUCCACGUUCAAUUCCCAGCACUCACUUCAGGUGGCUCAGAACUGCCUGUAACUCUAGUUCCAGAGGAUGUGAUGCCCUCUUCUAGGCUCUGUGGGCACCUGCACUCUCAUGCAUAUAUCCUUACACAAACACAUGCAUACAUUUAACAUAAAUAUUAAAAUGAAAUUAAAAAUAGAAACAAAGCUCUCCCUGAAGGAUCCAGAGUUAACUACCCUAAAGUCUAAUCUGUAGCUGCAAAGGUGCUUCUGCUUUGCAUGGUUUAAAAAAAUUCAGGUUGGGGUUGGGGAGGGAGGAGACAUACAUAAAAAGUGGAGUGGUAUCACAGGUGAAUAGCAAAUGGUGACUGGUGGCACUAUUCUCCCUCAGUUUUGAUAUUUGAAAAUAACCAUUUAAGAAAUAUCUUCCUCAGCCAGGUGUGCUGGCACAUGCUUUUAAUCCCAGUCCUCAGGGAGGCAGAUGCAGGUAGAUUGCUGUGAGUUCAAGGCAAGCCUAGUCUACAAAGUGAGUCCAGGACGGCCAAGGCUACACAAGGAAAUCCUGUCUUGAAAAGAUCAAUCACAAACAAACAAAAAAAAAACCCAAAACCUUCCUCUGGCUGGGUGUGAUGAUGCACCCUUUUAAUCUCAGCACUCGACAACAGGCAGGACUAUGAACAUGGUGGUGCUUGCCUUAAUCCCAGCUCUCUGGAAGCAGAGGCAGCUACAUAUCUGAGUUUGAGGCCAUCCUCAAACUUCAUAUCAAGUUCCAGGACAGCCAGAGCUACAUAGAUAGACUCUGCCUGGAAAGAAAGAAGAAGGAAAGAAAGUCCAUUCUUCCUCCGGAAUAACAAAAGACACUGGAGGAACAUAAUCCCUAGAGGUCCUUCCCCCGGCAUGGAGGAGCAGCAGAUCCUGACCUCACACCUCAGGCUUGCUGUUGGCCACAAGUUUUAUCCACUUGGCUCCACUUACAUACAGAAGGUAGAGCAAGGCCCAGUCAAUGUGUUCUUCAGCCAAGCCAGCAUGCUGGGCAUUUAGGAUUUUCAUUUCCUACAAGAACAUGACUAUUGAUCAUUUUAUUUGGUUUUUCCUUGCGGAUCUGCGACCACACUUCACUAGAGGGUGUAUGAUGUCUCAUGCCUAUGAAAACAGAGGCUGACUGAUCUUUCUUCUGGUUGACUUUUCUAGUGACUAUUACCUGAGGGCCUGGGAUCUGACACCAGCCCAGGACACCCAAUAAUGAGGUACGGUCCUUAGGUCAGUAUAGCCAUGUUACCCAGCAAGUGUGCCAGACCUAUAUUUUGUUGAAUAGGUGACUCCCACCAAGGAUGCAUUAGGAAAUGGCCAAGGAGGAAUGUCAGGUAAUGAGAAUUCCCCCAGGGGUCUAAGUCACGUCAGCGUACUGGGCAGGCACUUCUUUGCUUCUCCAACAAUGUUGAGGGUUCCUAGUUUUAGCGAAGAAACACACACAGACACCUUGGAAUCCCCUGCCUGUGUCAUGGACAGGUGUGCUCUGUCCCUCUUGCCUUUCCAGACACUACAGAGACACCCCUCUGAAUUUCUGGGACUCGUGUCUUUCCUCUCUUGAGAGCUAGACUAGCUAAUAUAUAGACCUAGAGAGUUCAAGGUGCCUUUUCUGUGUCCCCAGCCAAGGUUGUUGCAGCCAGUCCUGAACUUGGGGUGACGUCCCUACGGGGAUCACAGUGAUGAGCCCAGCUGUAACCGGCCUUUGGAACAGCCGGGACAUAUGCCCUUGAGAGCAGAAACCCAGGAAUCUGCAGAGCAGUUUUCAAAGCCACAGCCUUUCCAGGCCUUAAAACUACAAAUUAUUGACUGGAAAAGGCGACACCAUGUUGGCAGCGCCUGACAUGGCUGCGAUUGGGGAAAGACCUUAUUCCUGCAGCGAGUGUAGCAAGAGCUUUCGGUACAGUGCAGUGCUGCUGAGGCACCAAUGCGCCCAUGGUGGUGACCAGCGUUUCCGCUGUCUCGAGUGUGGUGAACGCUGUGCUGGAGUCGCCGACCUUCGUGCACACAGGCGGACCCACGCUGGCCAGACCCUCUACAUCUGCACCGAGUGUGGCCAGAGCUUCAGUCAGAGCACCCUGCUGGACCUGCACCUGGGCACACACCGAAGGCGCAGCCGCAACUGCCCGUGCCGCCUCUGUGGCCGCCGCUUCCCUCACGUGCCUGCACUGCUGCUGCACCGGCUGCGCCAGCACCCACCUGAGAAGCCCGACCGCUGCCCGCUGUGCGCCCGCUCCUUUCGGCAGAGCGCUCUUCCCUUCCACCUGGCACGGGCGCACCCCCCAGAGACCACCCCCGCCACCGCCCCUUCCCCCAGCGCGCUCUACCACUGUACACAGUGCCCGCGGGCCUUCCAUAGCAGUGCUGGGCUGCGGAACCAUUCCCGCAUCCACGUGGUCCCCAGCCUCGGCGACCCUGGCGCUGAGGCCCACCAGUGCGGCGUGUGUGGAAAGAGCUUCAGCAAGAGUUCCACGCUCACGCGCCACCUGCAGAGGCACUCUGGGGAGAAGCCUUUCAAGUGCCCCGAGUGCGGCAAGGGCUUCUUGGAGAGUGCCACACUAGUGCGGCACAAGCGAACGCACACUGGGGAGAAGCCAUAUGCGUGUAGCGACUGUGGACGCUGCUUCAGCGAGAGCUCCACGCUGCUGCGCCAUCAGCGCAGCCACCAGGGUGAGCGGCCGCAUGUGUGUGACACUUGCGGCAAGGGCUUUGGACAGCGAUACGAUCUUGUAGUGCACCAGCGCAGUCACACAGGGGAGAGGCCCUUCCCAUGCCCGGAGUGUGGCCGGGGCUUCACAGACCGCUCGGACCUCACCAAACACCUGCGUACACACACCGGGGAAAAGCCCUACCACUGUGAGCUGUGCGGCAAGCGAUUCACCUGCAUCUCCAACCUCAACGUGCAUUUGCGCAACCAUGCAGGCCAUAAGCCACACAAGUGCCCAGAGUGUGGCAAAUCCUUCAGUGUUGCCUCCAAACUUGCACUACACAAAAAGACACACCUAGGUGAGCGGACAGCAGAGUGCACGGAGUGUGGCAAAUUUUUUAGCCAUGGCCGGUCCCUGUCACAGCACCAGCGGUCCCACAGACGUGCUCAAGCAGCUGCAAUGGCAGCCACUACCACUGUGGUCACUGAGGUGACAAUAGGUCCCCCCCUCAGCCUCCCAGGGCCAAGAGAACAGGAGAAACCAGGGCUCUUAGUAUCUCCAUUUCAGGAGACGUGCUAAGAUGGCUCCAUGAGAUGGCUGGGUCAGUCCAGAGGAAAAGGGCAGCUCAGAUGGUUUGGGAAGCCAGACCUGUUGCUUUUGUAUUGUUGCUAGCUGUUCACCUAGCUUGCCUUGUCUCUGGACAGACAUCCUCAUCAGCUCUUCCAUUAUUCAUCCUUGUAUCCCCCAACUCUGAAUACUAGGAGUCAAGAGAACCAACACCACACCCUACCAAGACAGACCAGGUGUUGUGAGUUCUGCUACUGCCGUUCUACUCUCUGUUGUUGGGAUGGGCCUGAUCUAUCUUUACUGUCUUUUCAAGCAACACAUUUGGUUGGUGAGGUCUCUUGAGACAAGUAGUUGCAGAGGUAACAUACAGGCAGUGGAAAGGCUGGCCUCAUUAAAGGACCAAGAUCUGUGGCAAGUUACUCCCUUGCAGAGGUAACCAGCCUAUACUAAAGUAGGCAGAGUCCUUAGCCUGGCCGUCCAUGUCCUUUGACAAGAUGCCUCUUAGGACCCACCAAGAUGGUUCAGCGGGCAACUGAAUUUGGUCCCUUGUAUACACAUAUGUACUGUGAUACAUGUGCAUACACAAAGAAGUUAAUUUUUUUUUUUCAAUAAAUGACUCUUAGAACAGCUUUCUCUAGCCAGGUAGGAAAUGUUCACUUUGGGAUGCUGCCCAAGACUGUGUGGGUCCAUAAAGCCCAGUGAUCCCGUGUGAAACAAAAUAUUUCCAGAUGAAGCUACAAAGCCUGAGAGAACAUGACAGAACAUGUUCCCUGAAGUUCUGGGCAAGGGCAGAAUAUAAGCCUGGAACUGGUCAAUGACUGCUUAUAGCUGGUGAAAUUGUUACUUGCUUGUUUGUGACACCAAGAGCCCCUUUGUCAAAACGAUUUCCAAGUUCUCAUCCCGUUUGGUGGUGGUUUUUCAUUGCUGUGACAAAUACCUAAGAAAAUCAACUUACAGGUUUA